AUGGAAGAAGUUACUUCAAAUUGCGCCUCAGGACGUGGUCGACAUAAAACUUCAACAAGUUCACCAUCAACCAGUCAUCGAACAUCUCUGAUUACGGAAAUGUUCGUUGAUACAGGUUAUACGGGGAAUACCUUAGCUGAACAGCUUCAACUAUCCAGCUAUCAAAUUCACUUACUACAACAAAGUUGGCAACGAAUACGUUCCUCACCCAAUUUUUUUAUCAAUGUUUUUCGGACCGUAAUCGCAAAAAAUACAAUAGCAAAAGAACUGUUCCGGAAAACUUCAAUUAUUGAUGGGUUCACAUCUUACAAAUGUUACGAUGUGAAAGAACAUGCAGAUAGUUUAAUAGAGCUUAUCGAUUUUGCAUUGCAGGAAAUUCACAGUUCGACCAAAGUUGUACAGCAUCGUUGUAUGUUAAUGGGUGCAACACAUUGUAAUACAUGCGAAAAUUCCAUGUCUUCAUCGUGGGAUCAGUUUGGUGAUUCGUUAGCAGAAUCGAUCGCAAAAGCUGAAGCGAUUCGUGGUAAACGUAAAUGUUUGCAAGCGUGGAAUACGCUCUUGUCAUUUAUCGUUGAUCGUAUAAAAGGCGGUUAUUUGACAGAGAGUAAACGUCGUGCAUCGAAAAAAAGUUCAAGACAGGAAGAUGCUGGCCCAUCAUAG